AUGACUAAUGAGGAAGGCCUUAACAAGUCUCUCAUUAAUGACGUUUUAGCCCGCAGUAUGUCAGAAUUCGAUGAUGAUGACGAUGAAGAUGAAAACGAUAGUGACAUGUGUAGAGGUAAUGACGAAGGGGAGGAUGUCUUUGACCUGCCGCUCAAGUUGGGCAUCUCACAAAGCAGAAAUUUCUCUGAAGUAAAUGGUGUGUUGGAUCCGUUAUCCAGUUUGCAUGGUCCAUCCAAGAGGGUGAGAUUUGAAAAACGAAGGCAGCAGCAGCAGCAGCAGCAGCAACAACAGCAACAACAGCAACAUAAUAACGACUUUAAUAUCGAUCCGAGCUUGAAGAGUCCGUCCGGUAAAAAACUGGAUGUGGAACAGCUGAUACAGUCCGCCAGCGAAUUCAACGAUUAUCUUGCUAAUAACAUUGACAAAGUAAAUAGCUUCAAUUCCGAACUUUUAGGCAGCAGUGGUAAACUGCCUGGGAAAGCCAAAAGUGACACAGCAACUCAGGGCACUGGCCGUUUAGAUUCUAUGUCGAACUUUGCUCUUAGCGACACAGAGCUGGACAAUGAUGACGACGAUUAUCUGCUAGAUCCCUUAGCAAAUGGCAGUUCUAGUACUCCGACCGUGGACCGCCAUGGUUACAGUUUAUUAGAUGAUGCUCUGUCUACUUCUGAUAAGGAGAAAAUAUAUACGAACAAGAUCAAUUCUAAUAGUCAAGUAGAUACUGAUGACCGCACUCACGAGAGUGGAAACACGACCAGUGAUAACGAAGAGAAUACCAAUGAGUCAUCUGAGGUCAUAGAUUACACAAAGUUCGAUUCUUUCCCCUACCCUCCAUCGCUUGUCCCCAAUGAAGAGCCGCCGGAUUUGAAAGUACUGAGCAUCGAGUCUGAACAGGAAAACGAAAAAGAGCUACGACGAAUAUCUUUACUCUUGGAUCACUACGAAUCAAUAAAGAAAUUACCAGAUCUAUCGGACGAUGAAGCUUUAUCGAGAUUCCGUGAGAACAUUGAUUUAAUUUUGCAGCUGUCCAAGAGAAUCGAUGAAAACGCAAACACUUUAGCCAUUUCCUCCGAAGAUCCUCAAAAAUUUGUUAAUUUUACAAUGAAAAACCCACCUUCAUUAUCAUUCAAAGAUUUCAUUGAUAGAAUUCAGAAUAAAUGCAUGUUUGGCGCCAUAGUCUACCUCGGUGCCACCUAUUUACUUCAAUUAGUCUUUCUGACUAGAGACGACCUAAACGGCCCUAUCAAGCUAAAGGCCAAACUACAAGAGGACCAAACACAUAGGAUCAUCAUAUCCACAAUACGUAUUGCCACCAAAUUAUUAGAAGAUUUUGUUCAUUCUCAAAAUUACAUCUGCAAAGUUUUCGGAAUAUCCAAAAGGCUGCUAACUAAACUGGAAAUUUCAUUUUUGGCAAGUGUGAACUUCGAUGGGUUAAUGAUCACUUGCGAGAAAUUGGAAAAAACAUCGCACAUCCUCGAAGACACAAGACAGGCAUUGGGAAAUUCAUGA